AUGUCGUCGAAAGUUACUGGUAUCGAUGGUAAUUGGAAAAUAAUUAAUUAUCCACCGCAUCCAGAAUGUGUUGGUUGUGUAUUUAAAAUAACGAGUGAAAAUCCAAAUAUUUAUCGUCUUCAUGCAUCCGUAAUUAAUUCAAUAAAUUGUAGUUUGGAAUAUAAUUCAGAAAAUAAUGAAUGGAAACGUGCUUGUAUUGGUUCAACAUUGAUGGUGGGUGCACCCGAAGAGACGAAAAAAGAAGAGUUCAUACAUGAUUUAAUCGCUAAUUUUCAAAGUUUACAUGUUGAAGGUGAACAACAUUUAAUCAUUCAAACGAAUAGUGGUGAACAAGCUCGAUUAGAACGUUUUGCAGUUCCAGCGUCAUAA